ACUUUUCCAGUUCGGCGGAUGCUCGGUAAACGCACAGUUCGUGUUAUCGCAGCGGCGGACGAACGAAUGGAUUGCUGUGGCCAUUGGUUGGGGUCUUGUAUUGCUGUUCGCUGUACAGAUGAGCUUUCGUAUCUCAGGUGGACAUUUGAACCCAGCUGUUUCGUUCUUCCUUCUCACACAGGGAAAGAUCAGCGGAUUGAGGUUUGUCGUCUUCUCUACAGCGCAGAACAUCGGCGCCUUUUUAGGAGCUCUAGGAACAUUCAUCGUUUACUACGAUGGCAUCAGCAGUUUCGACAAUGGCACUCGCUAUGUGUCGGGACCACGUUCAACCGCUCACAUAUUCGCCACCUAUCCUCAACCCCACCUAAGCACUUUUGGAGGCGUUGUUGACCAGAUUGCCGGCACUGCCGUCCUGUGCUUGGGUGUAGCAAUAAUCACGGAUCGACGUAAUCGUAUACCACCUUUCCUACAGCCGGCUUUCAUUGGAACGCUUUUGGCGACGAUAGGAAUGUCUUUCGCACUAAACGCAGGUUACGCAAUAAAUCCUGCUCGUGAUUUUGGACCGAGGCUCUUCACUCUUUGCGCUGGUUACGGUUGGCGUGUGUUCAGCUACCGCUCGUACAAAUGGUUCUGGAUUCCGAUAAUCUGUCCAAUGAUUGGAGCAGUACUUGGCGCUUGGAUGUAUGAAUUUUUCAUAGGAUUUCACAUGCCUGACGAUCCGGAAACCACAUACAUCCAUAAGGUGGCUUUUUGA